UGUGUGUGUGCGGCAGGGACAGAGCUGCAUCAAUGAAAGUGUGUAUGAAUGAACUGUGUGUGUGUGUGUGUGUGUGUGUUAGGUGGGGCUCUCACUGUCAUAAACUCGUGCUGCUUUCAGAGUGGUGUCACAUUCAUCAGGAGACGCUGAGCAGGUUCAGGCAGUGAUUUCAGAUUGCCUUUAACUGUCAUGUGGUGAUACAGUCUCUCUCACACACACACUCAUCAUGGCCCACCCGUAUGACCCCUGGUUACGCGCGGGGCCGCCGCAGGAGGAGGUGAGCGUGUCUGGCUGGUGGGACAUGCACACCGGAGCAGCUGCAGGCUGGAUGGACCUGCAAGGGGCAGGACUGGGGGCGGGGCCAGCGCCGGGCGGCUCCAUGAGCUCCUACACACCUGAGCCGCAGAUGUGCUCCGCCCACUCCGGCCUGCACUACCCACCCGAGGGCUUUAAGCUGGAGCCGCUGGUGCAGGAUCUGCUGCCGCUGGUGCAGGCCUCCUCGGAGGAGCAGCAGGACGCCACAGGCGCUUCCGCUCGACCCAAAUCGCAGCGUCGUGCCGGAAGUCGCGCUCCUGGCCAGGCCUCCUGCCGCUGUCCCAACUGCCUGAGCGCCGAGUCUCUGGGAAACUCUGAUGACAAACGCAAGCACCUGCACAACUGCCACAUCCCUGGCUGCGGGAAAGCCUAUGUGAAGACGUCGCACCUCAAAGCGCACCUGCGCUGGCACAGUGGUGACCGGCCCUUUGUCUGCAACUGGCUGUUCUGCGGCAAGCGCUUCACCCGCUCGGACGAGCUGCAGCGCCACCUGCAGACACACACCGGCGCCAAGCGCUUCGGCUGCAGCUCCUGCCCUCGGGUCUUCCUGCGCGCCGACCACCUGGCCAAGCACAUGCGUGUGCACGAGUCGCCAUGCCAACCGGCUGAGGAGACUCGAUCAGCUACCGCGACAGGGAACAGCGCAGCCGCAACGUCACUGCUCAGAGUGAAGACAGAAUCUGAGAAUUGCAACGACGACGCAACAGUAGCGAAUGGCUAAUCGCUCGACUGCUCGUAAGAGCAACGUGACCAAUAAGGCCUACCGUUAAAUGAGAUCAUUCUGAAAUGAACUAUAAUCACAUCUGUAUAUGAUCUGUAGAAGACGCCAUUAGGAUUAAAUACGUAAUGCUUCUCUAUCUUCAGUUUUAUUUAUAUUUGUACAUUUUGCGUUUCAUAUUCUCUGUUGAUUAACUUAAGAUGAUGUGUUUCAUCCGUGUGUUUUUGUCAUUGUAAUCUUGAGAUGUUUAGUGAGGACAUGUAAUUAGCUCCAAUAAAUAUAAAGCGUUUUGUUAAUUUUUCAUAUAUGUCUUGUGAUAGUGCCAUAAAAAAUGUCUAACAAUAAACAUACUCAGCAAUAUC